GACCACACCACCACCACCACAAUGAGAGUGCUGCUUUCACUAUUCUGCGGGGUUUUCUUCGCCUCCGUCAGUCUAACUGACGCCCAAGGCGGAGGAGACGCAGAGCAGAGUGUCGUUUUCGGAGACAACGGACAAGGUUUUCCCCCAGUCGGACACAGUGGAGGUUUCGGAUCGGGCGGACAUGCUGGCCUUGGAGGGGGACACGACUCAGGCUUCGGGGGUGCUGGACAGGGUGGAGCUGGUUUCGGAGACGGUGAAUACAGUGGCGGUUUCGGAAUUGGACACUUUGGAGGAUUUGGAUCCGGUGGACCCACUGGAGGGUUUGGAUCAGGUGGACCCACUGGAGGGUUUGGAGCUGAUGUACACAGCGGAGGAUUUGGAGCUGAUGGGCAUAGUGGUUUCCGAAGUGAACACGAUACAGGACUCGGAGGUGCCGGACAAAGCGGAGGGUUCGGAGGCGGUCACAGUGGAGGCUUCGGAGGUGAUAGCGGAUCAUCCACCAACAACUACAACAUCGCUGGAUCACCAGGUGGACAAACUAGUGGUGGUGGUGGCCACAGUGGUGCAAGCUUCAGUGGACUUGGUGGAGGCGACUUUGGAAAUGCUGUGGGUGGACACAGCGGCGGCCGGUAGUGGUGGUUUUGAUGCUGGAAAAUAAGCUUUCACCAUCAACCAGCUCAUUCCAUGUCAAAACACAGGGUUUCUGUACAAACUGGAAUUUCAAAACAUCGUGAUGAUCUCUACGUCACGAUUUAAGAGUAGUUUCGGUGAUUGCUGCA